GACAAAUCGUUCGAACAACGCCACGCGAGCGUCUUACCACUACGCCACGGAGAUGGUAGAGUCUGUGGCCUGAAGAGGUUGUAGUGCCUGUUGCCUGAAAUGACUAGGGAUGCCAUCCCGCAGCUAUUUCCCGUUAUCUGUGAUCCGGAGCGUAUCCGACCCCUCGCUGGUCGUCGUAGCUCCUCGACCAACAACAACAUGGCCGGGUGGGCGAGGACGUGGGUCAGGUCUCUCUCUCGCUUCUCUUAUUGGAGAAAAGCUACACUCCACACCAACGUACGUGUAACGCCCAGUACAAGUGUGUGCCUUCUACAAUAUGGUCACAAGCACCAAUGUUUGGAGAUCAAGAGAAGUUUUCUUCAAACACCUGUAUGCUCAAUGUUCAUCAAAGUUCAAGAAACACCUAAUCCAAAUUCUCUGAAAUUUUUGCCAGGUGUUCAGGUGCUGGAGUCGGGAACUGCAAACUUCACGAGCAUAACUGCAGCUCAGAAAUCACCAUUAGCAAAAUUGUUGUUUAGAAUUGAAGGGGUUUGUGGCAUUUUCUUAUCAACUGAUUUUAUCACUGUAACAAAGGAGGAUGAUGGAGCCGAAUGGCGUACCAUUAAACCAGAGGCCUUUGCUGUCAUCAUGGACUUUUUUACCUCUGGCUUGCCAGUUAUUCAUGAAGUUGAUCAGACAGUGAGUGAACAUGCUGGUUGUGAUGAAGAUGAUGAUGAGACCGUUGCAAUGAUUAAGGAACUACUUGACACUCGCAUCCGCCCCACAGUUCAAGAAGAUGGUGGUGAUAUUCUUUUCCGGGGAUUUGAUGAUGGAAUAGUCUAUCUGAAGAUGAUGGGUUCUUGUACUGGAUGCCCUUCAUCUGUCGUUACCCUUAAGAAUGGUGUUCAGAAUAUGCUCCAGUUUUACAUCCCAGAGGUUGUUGAAGUAGUAGAAGUGAAAGAUGCAGCUGAUGAUGUGAUUGAGGAAGAGUUUAAAAAGUUUGAUGAGCAGCUCGGGGAAAAACGGACAAAAACGGAAUGAACAAGAACAUAUUGCCAAAAAUGGAAAGCGCAUAAAGGGCCCCCCAUUAAUGUAAACAUUCAAUACACCUGUAUUCUAAGAACUUAGGCAUUUUAGUUUUGAAUAAUAAAUUUUGAAUUUAUUGUUUACAUUUUGUCUACCUAACCAUAACUUUUAUUUUUCUCAUAAAAUAUCACUUUAUAUAUAGGUAACAUAAGGUAAUCUUAGUCAAGGCCACUAAAUUUCAGACAUUUUUUAAUGUUGAAGGAUUUGGUUUACAUUAAAUGUUAAAAAAAAUAUAUUGUAUGAACCAGUGAUCGUCUGUACAUGAACACCUUCUAUUGCAAAAUAUUCUUAUUACUUUCACAAAUAUUUUGAAAGUUUGUCAAGAAAUUAUAUAUUCAUUCCAGAUUAUAAGUAAACGUAUGAACUUUAAUUUAUUCAGUUUAAACUGUACAUAAUUAUUGAUAAAUAAAUUAUACUAAAA